UUAGUUGAGUUUAGUUGAGUUGAGUCGGAGAACGAGCGUUAUGAAAUUCCGUGAUAUGGUGCUCUGGUAAUACCCAUGCCCAUACCCAUGCCCCAGAACCAUAACCAGAGCCAGAGGCACACUCAUAACCGAGGCGAGCCGAUAGACGAAGUCCGGCGGCGGAGGCGACCAGAUGAUUGCCGUAUGUGCAUACUAUAUGGGUAGUCCGUAGUCCGCUGUUCGGGCACAUUCAACAAUUGCCGGCGAUGGCGGACGGACGCAUAGUGGAAAACGGCAGAGGAGGAGGCGGUGAAGGAGUAGCAGCAGCACCAUCGCCCAGAUACGCGAUCCUCGACUGUGAUGGGGGUAGCGACGAUGCCUGGGCACUGCUCCUGCUUCUGCAUGCGGCUAAGAGCCAUGGGAUUCAUCUGCUGGCCAUCACCACAAUGGGAUGCGGCAAUACCAGCAGGGAGAAUGCGGCACGCAAUAUGCGACGGAUUCUGGAUGCCUGCAAGCGCACAGAUAUUCCCAUAUACCUGGGCGCCGUAGAUGCCCUCAUUCCCUCUCUGGAGGAUGAAAAAAAGUAUUUCCAUGGCCGCGACGGAUUCGGUGACUGUCUCACCGACGACUGCGCUCUUCAGUUGGAGGACAUCGUGCAGGCGGAGCACGCAGUGACAGCCAUCCAUGAUCUCUGCCGUUCCAGGCCCAAACAGAUCACCAUAUUUGCCGUGGGCCCGCUGACGAAUCUUGCCCUGGGCUAUACGAUGUACGGUCCGGAGUUUGGGAAUAACUUUCGUGAUCUGUUCAUUAUGGGCGGCAACUAUCAGGGCGUGGGCAACUCCUCGCGUUCGGCGGAGUUCAACUUUCACUCGGAUCCGGAGGCGGCGCACACGGUGCUGCUGAGGACACGCUGUCCCAUCACCAUACUGCCGUGGGAGGCCUGCCUCCCGGAGAGAUUCAAUAUACACAUUAACUGGCGCCUGAAGGAUUUCGCCGCAAGGGCCAAGGAAGCCGGACAUCCAGCAAUUACCAUGCUCAACCAGGUGGAAGCCGCCCAGUGGCUGCCAAUGAUCGAGCAGUACGGGAUCGAUACGUGGAAUCCAUGCGAUGCCAUUGCCGUGGCCGUUUGGCUAUUCGAGGAUCACUUGAUCCGGAGGCACAACACCUGGCACGCCACCGUGGAUCUGCGGGGCACCCACACUCGCGGCCAGAUGGUUCUCGAUCAUUUGCGGGAGCGCGAAAAGUAUCCGGAGAACGUGCGCAUUAUCGAGCUGGUGGAUGUCGAGUUCUUUAAACGGAUCUGCGAAUGGAUCGCCGGCUUGGAUGACGGCGCCCUACUCCGCGACACUCAAUAAAUCCAUAUCUCUAGUAAUUCCCGCCUUUUUCUUCGGCGCUAUCAUUUGAUUCCCCCAUUUAUCAACGGUUCACAAUGGUUAUGGGGGGGGGGGGGGGGUCUUGGCGAUAAGAGUGCUUUUGGAACAGGUGCACAACACGAUCCAUAGAGCAGUUCCGAGAUGGCACCAACCUAAUCGGAAUUUAAGCUUUAAACACUUAAUCGGUGAUUAAGCGUAAGGUUGCAAAAUUGGCUAGCUACCCAAAUGGGUUUGGAAGAGCUUUUAUUGUUAAUUGAAUUAAAAUGUUGUAAUAUUUUUAAGGCUUUAGUUUGUGCUAUUUCAUUUUUAAGUGUAUUUUGUAUAAGUCAAAUACAAGUCAAGAAUGUGCUCAAUCACUAUGGCUUAUGAUAGUAACUUUCAAUUAAUGAACAAUUAGAAGUAAUACAAUUUCUAUGUAAGAUUAUACACAAUAAAAAUUCCUUUUUUUAUCCC